CUUUACUAGUAAACAUGGCUUCAUUGUCUUGCUUCUCGCUGUUGGUCUCUCUCGCUUCCCCACACAUCUUCGUGCCCUUCGCCUCCUCGUCUCCGCCAUGGAUGAAGAAUAUGACGUCAUCGUCUUGGGUACCGGCCUCAAGGAAUGUAUCCUUAGCGGUCUUCUCUCCGUCGAUGGCCUCAAGGUUCUGCAUAUGGAUAGGAAUGAUUACUAUGGUGGGGAGUCGAGCUCACUCAAUCUUAUUCAGCUCUGGAAACGAUUCAGGGGUAGUGAUAAGCCUCCAUCAGAUCUAGGGCCUAGCAGAGAUUACAAUGUUGAUAUGAUUCCAAAGUUUAUGAUGGCUAAUGGUACUUUGGUGCGCACGCUUAUACAUACUGAUGUCACAAAAUAUUUAUCUUUCAAAGCUGUCGACGGGAGCUAUGUCUUUAAUAAAGGAAAGAUUCACAAGGUUCCUGCCACUGAUAUGGAGGCACUGAGAUCACCAUUAAUGGGAUUGUUUGAGAAGCGUCGAGCUCGGAAAUUCUUUAUAUAUGUCCAAGAAUAUAAAGAGAAUGAUCCAAAAACUCAUGAAGGAUUGGACCUCACUAGAGUGACUACGAAAGAACUUAUCUCAAAAUAUGGUUUGGAUGACAACACGAUUGACUUCAUUGGCCAUGCCUUGGCACUUCACAGAGACGAUAGAUAUCUGUAUGAACCUGCACUUGAUACUGUGAAGAGGAUGAAGCUGUAUGCAGAGUCGCUAGCACGAUUCCAAGGAGGUUCGCCAUAUAUCUAUCCAUUAUAUGGUUUAGGAGAGCUACCUCAGGCUUUUGCACGCCUAAGUGCAGUUUAUGGUGGGACAUACAUGUUGAAUAAACCAGAAUGCAAGGUUGAAUUUGAUCUGGAAGGAAAAGCUUGUGGUGUAACUUCUGAAGGGGAAACAGCUCGAUGCAAGAAAGUUGUCUGUGAUCCUUCCUACCUACUAAACAAGGCUAGGAAGGUAGGGAAGGUUGCAAGGGCAAUUGCUAUUAUGAGCCAUCCUAUCCCGAAUACAGAUGAGUCUCAUUCGGUACAAGUUAUCUUGCCGCAGAAGCAACUUGGACGCAAGUCUGACAUGUAUCUCUUUUGUUCUUCUUACUCUCACAACGUUGCUCCUAAAGGGAAAUUCAUCGCAUUUGUCUCAGCAGAAGUUGAGACUGAUCGGCCUGAGCUGGAACUAAAGCCUGGUAUCGAUCUUCUUGGACUGGUAGAUGAGUUGUUUUUUGAAACUUAUGAUAGGUAUGAGCCUGUCAAUGAACCGUCACUCGACAAUUGCUUUAUCUCAACUAGUUAUGAUGCUACGAGCCAUUUCGAAUCGACUGUCAUGGAUGUACUGUCGAUGUAUACCAUGAUCACUGGAAAGGCUCUUGAUCUCAGCGUUGAUCUCAGUGCUGCUAGUGCUGCUGAAGAAUAUUGACGACCUCCUCCUGUGCGUGUUUAACUUAUCUCGAUCGAGCUCUAUUUCCCCUCGCACGAUUGCUAUGAUUUGCCUUUGUAUGGUUGUUUAAAUGCUCAAGUAGUUUGAGACUUUCUGAAAUGUUCAAGGUACUAAUCACUCAGAAUGGUCUAAAACACCAGCCAUGACUUAUAUUUUUGUUGUAUUACAGUUUUUUUUAUAUCAGUUCUUGUUUGAAAUAUCA